CACCGCUGGACGUAUGGAGUGUAAACGGCGUCUUUGGGUCAUUUUGCAAUUUGUUGCUAGGGCUAAGUCCCAGGUCGCUCGGUUUCGAGCCGUUUACACAGGAAGGCCCAGGAAUGCUGCUCUGCGUUAACUUAAAGUUCUUUGCAUUCGCACCAAACGCGGUUCCGCAUAGAGCAACACCCAAGGACUUGGGUCAUGCCGCUCGUCCCAAGGACGCAUCCGCACAAUCCAUAACCAGUUCAGCCCAAGGCGGCCCAGCCGCCGCCACAGCUGCAGCGCCAAAGGUCACUGCAAGAUCAGGAGCCACGGGAGCAGCCCGGGCUGCAGCAGCUGCCGUACACAUGCAGAAGCUGCAUGCCUGGCGCGAUGCCGUACGUACUCACUUAUCUUCUGUCGUACAUGGGAAUGCUGGCGCAGCAGCUGCCAGUGCCGAGCGGCAGCGCAUGGGGCCCUAUGAGGAACAGCAGCUGUCAAGCAGCAGUAGCAGCAGCGAUACAGGCGCCGACGGCAUUCAAGUAAUGAUGGUCAACAGUAGCAGUACUCGGCUGAUCUCCACGCCACAUGUAAGCAAUGCUGCCGCUGCGGAUGCAACCAGGUGCAUCCCCCCAGCAGCAACAGCCUCCCCACCAACAUCUCUAGCAGCAUCAAACCCACCCUGGAGGAAACUCCUCCUCCUCAGGAGGCUUCCAAGAUCUGCCGUACAACCACCGGGCGCAGCAGCACCCGGCAUGCACCCCAGCACCACCACAGCCGCAGCCCAGCUAGAACCCCCUGCCCAAGCAGCAGCCUCAUCCUCAAUAACCACAACCGCAAUAACCACAGCCGCUGCCCCAAACCGGCUGCCUGGCACCCCGCCGCCGCAGCCCAGCCCGCUGAAUUCCGUAUCACGCAGCAUGCGCAGCAUGCGCCUGGCGCUCAAAUCUCUCCGCACCCGUGCAACCGCUGCCACCUCCUCCUCCUCUUUCCCUUCCUCCUCCUCCUCCUCCUCCUCUCCUGCGGGUGCGGGUGCGGGUGCGGGUGCCACCCACCUGGUGGUGCUGGCCAAUGGGCUGUUCGGCAGCCCUGCCAACUGGGAGGUGGUGUGCGAGGAGCUGCGGGAGCAGCUGGACAUGCGGAGCGUGCUGCUGCACCCCUCGCAGGCCAACCGCCUGACGGACACGUACGAUGGUAUUGACGUGUGCGGUGAGCGGCUGGCGCAGGAGAUCCGGGCAGUGGCUGCGGCGCACCCCUCCCUGGAGCGCAUCUCAGUCAUCGGGCACUCCAUGGGCGGUCUGCUGCUUCGCUACGCGCUGGGCCGGCUCUACAACCCUGCCACGGGGCGGGUGGCGGGGCUGCGUCCCGCGCACUUCGUGUCCAUGGCCACCCCGCACCUGGGCUGCGAUGCGCAUGGACUGGCGCAGGUCCCCUUCAUCGGCUGGGUGGGAGUCAAGCCGGUGCAGCGCAUGUUGCAGGCGCUCUCCGUCCCCACCGCCAGCCUGCUCUUCCGCCGCACCGGCCGCCAGUUCUUCCUCGCGGACGGGGGCGCCUCCUCCUCCUCCACCACCACCAUCACCACCACCACCACCACCAUGACAGCUGCAGCAGCAACAGCAGCACCUGUCCCGGCUGCGGCUGCUGCUCCGGUCUCGGCACCUGCCCAUACCUCGGUCUCAUCCGCAGGCCGUAUCGCCAGCAGCAGCAUCACCACCACCAUUACCACCUACGCAGCGGGCGCUCCUGCUGCUGCCGCUCCUUCGGGGGCAAGCCGGAGCUUCGCGGUGACAUCCUCCUCAUCCUUCUCCUCCUCAACAGCACCAAGGUCGUCCCCAUCACGUCCUCUGUCUCAAACCAUGAUGCCCGCCCGCCAUGGAACGCCCUCCAGCCCAGCCGUCUCUCCUUCAGGCCCCCUCCCUGCCACCUCCCCCACUGCUGCUGCUACCCCGCCCUCUUCCUCCUCCUCCUCCUCCGCCGCCUCCGCCCCCGCCGCCUCUCCUGCUGCUUCCAUACCGCCGCUGCUGUACCGCAUGACGCAGGACGAGCCGCAGCGGGGGCUGUACUGCUACUCGGCACUUGCCAGCUUCGCCAGCCGUACAGCAUACGCUAACACAGACGGGGACCAUCUGGUGGGGUGGGCCAACUCCUCGCUGCGCUUCCUGCACCAGCUGCCGCCACUGCCGCCGGAGGCAGCCCGGGCGAGAGGGGUGGUGCUGCAGGACCCGCUGCUGGCCGCUUUCGAUGUGCGCGCCAAACCCGAUCCGGAGCCGCAGCAUGCGGCAGGCAGCGCUGACCUACCCAUCGACCCGCUGCCAUCAACACCCCCACCAGCACCUCAGUCGCUCCUGUCCUCGCCCCAGCAGCACCCGCAGCAACAGCCUCUGGAGAGCAACGGUAAUGGCAACGGUGGCGGUAACGGUAGCGCUACCGGCGCUGUCGGCUUUAGCGACAACACAACCGCCACAACUGCCACCGCCGCCACUGCUGCAGCUAGUGCUGCUGCGCUGGCCGAGGUGAUGCUGGUGCGGCUGCAGCGGCUGCCCUGGCGCCGCAUCGACGUGUCGUUCCAGGGGGCAAGAUUCGGCUUCGCGCACAACAACAUCCAGGUGACUCGCCGCUGGUUUAACUUCGAGGGGCUGGCGGUGGUGCACCACCUGGCUCGGCAGCUGGCAGCACUGGAGCAGGUGUGGGAGCAGCAGCAGCAGCAGUGCAGGGAGGA